AUGCCCUGGCGUGAGCUUUGGACCUCAGGAAGGCGGACAGCAUCUUACAUCUCUAGGCGUUCAAGUGUUGUGUCCAAGUUCACAAGACUCCGAAACCCAUCACAGACAAUUUUAUUCUGUCCACUCCUUGAUUCCGUGUUAAGUUCACGGCAGAAGCCACAGUAUACCGCCUACAGGCAUGCAGAUUUCCCUAACUAUCUACCAGCCUUUUGCUAUGAUCCUCUCCCGAUCACAGAUCCAGAGAACAGCAGCAACCCAGCCUUCCGCCUCCUUGAGCUUCAUCCUGGCCAGGACUCUGAAGAAAUCCACUGUACCCUGAUAGAGUCCCAUCUCCUGAGCAACGUCCCAUAUGAAACAAUCUCAUAUCGCUGGGAUGACGCCCAGACGACCAUCGUCUGCAAUGGGAGAGCUCUAUCAAUACGAAGAUCUCUUGCUGGAGCCCUUCGUGCGCUGCGAUAUCGUGACAAGCCCCGCCUGCUCUGGGCGGAUGCAAUCUGCAUCCAACAGGACGAUGACGCAGAAAAGGGCAACCAGGUGCAGCUCAUGCGCAGGAUCUACUCCCAGGCCCAGGGUGUCCUGAUAUGGCUCGGCGAGACCGCCGGAGAUGGCAAUUCCCACAUCUCGGUGUCAUGGCCGGCGAGAUUGGCUAUUCUCGGCGGACUGGUAACGCUCAGACCGAGAAUGAAGAAGUCUAGUGCCCCCUACGUACGAGUUAGAGAUGUCCGAAAAGGAACGACGAUUGAUCUCGCUCCAUUCUCGGUCGGAUUGUAUCUGCUACUCGUGAGCUUUCUGAGAAAAUCAUGGUUUCGUAGAGCGUGGGUGGUACAAGAAGUGGUCGUGUCCAAGAAAGUCACCUUUGUCUGGGGCUCCAAACAAUGCGAAUGGAAAGAGGUAACCCGGGCACUCGAGUUCAUGUCCAAGGCGAGAUUCCCUCUCGUUUUCAUGCCGACACUUCAGCAUAUAGCCGGGAUUGAAGAGGAGAUGGCCCGUUACAAACAAGGAGCAAACACCCUUCUCGGACUUCUUCUCCGCCAUCAGCGAUGCCUGAGCACGAACCCCCGUGACAAAGUGUACGCCUUCUGUCCACUGAUGGGCACGUCGCCUUCGGAAUUCAUUGAUGUGCGAAUCCGCUAUGAAGACCCCGUCGAGUCGGUAUAUCGUGACGUGGCCACCAAAAUCCUCCAGCACGACCGGAAUUUAGACAUCCUAAGUCACUCUCCAUCACCCCCAACCACCUCAUCAAGCACGUCAAACCUUCCAUCUUGGAUACCGGACUGGAGCCGCCGCACCAGCGAGGACAUGGCUCACGAGUGGGGAAUUCGGCCCCUCUCCCUCGCCAGCAGAGAUAUGUACUCCCACGAUCCUUCCAAACCACCAUUCACGGCAGCCAAGGACUCGACAUACACGCCUUCGCCCCCACCAUGCCCCAAUUCCCUGACCGUCUCCGGUUACACCUUUGACACCAUCGCUGCCACCGGCCCCGUCUUCAACGGUGUCCAAGUGCCCUCCACCGUCACCACCCUCCGUGACAUCGUGCUAAGCUGGCUACGCACCCUCCAUACCUUCUACCACACCCGGGACGUCCUUCUUGCCUGGGAAGAGAUCGCCGACGCUCGCUCCCAGACAUUCUAUACCCCCGACAACCAUCAUCACCACAACCACCAGCACCACAAAAACACCAAACCCACCAGCACCGAACCCAUCCUCACCGCCUUCUACCGCACCAUCUCCACCUCGGAAUACGACCACUCCCCUGCCAUCCGCAGCGAGCUCCACCUCUGGCACCGAGUCAACCGCCAGUCCCCCCUCCUCCGCAAACUGCACCUCGACACCAUCGUCCUGAUGCCGUACUGGAUCGCCUUGCUCGUGUGGUACGGCGCGACCGACCGGCCGCUGCUGAAGUUCGAGCUGCAGAAGCGGAACACGCUGUACCGGCGCUUGAUCCGGACCGAGCGCGGCUACCUCGGGCUGGCCGGCAACGCAGCGCAGGUCGGCGAUCGCGUCGUGCUCUGUCGCGGCAGUCGGGUGCCGUUGGUGCUGAGGCCGGUUGAGAUGGAAGCCGGUUCGUCGAGUACGAGUACGAGUGCGGCUGCGCAAGGAAUGGUCAGGUACCGACUCGUCGCGGAUGCGUAUGUGCAUGGCAUCAUGCAGGGAGAAGGAUUCGAUGAAUCGAGCUGUGCGAGCAUGGUGCUGGUGUGA